AUGACGGACUUCAAGGGACAUUGCCAUUGCAAGCAGACAGAGUGGACUGCCACCCUGCAGCAAGAUCAGCAGGCACACAUCCUAUGCCACUGCAACACUUGCAAAGAGCUCUCCGGCUCCACGUACACGCUCAAUCAGAUCAUCCCCAAGAAAGCCCUCAAGAUCACCAAGGGCGAUGAUCUAGGCAAAUACACAUACAAGGGUGACUCUGGAAAGAGCGUUCAUUGCUUCUACUGCAAGAACUGCACCUCACACGUGUACCACGAGCAGGAGGCCCUCGGCCCCGACAGCAUUGUUCUGAGGACAGGAUUGUUGGACGAAGGUGUCAAGAACUUCAAGCCUGGUGCGGAGAUCUUUGGCAAGGACCGCUUGUCGUGGGAGAAGGAGGUUGCGCAGACAUUCGAGGUCAUGCCACCUUCAUAG